CCAUCCAUCCAGCAGCAAUGCACGACAUGAGCAAAUCUCUGGUAAAAAUUUCUGUUUUGAUUAUGCGAUGGUAAAACAGAACACGUCAGCUGACAUUGACGGAAUUAAGGAUAAAACAUUCCGUCUAAGACAAAUAUCAAAACGGUCCAAAGCAGUCAAAGUAAGCAGAGUAUCAAAGUGAUAAACGAAGAAACCCAGAGAAAAUGUCUGUCACGGAAGAGAAAAUUCAGGAAUUAAACUCUACGUUCUUGGAAUUUAUGAGCAAAAAAGAUCACGUAGAAGCAGCUACUGCUGAACUUUAUGAAGAUCUUUUGGGCGAAGUUUUAAUGGGAUUCGUUUUUGACAUGCAUCGAACAACUAAAAGUGGAAGUUCCGAGGUGGAAGAAGGCAUCCCAGACGAGGAGUCUUAUGUUAUUAUAGAUUCACCAGGCUUAGAUGUCUUCGGUCAACAUCCAGUAAAGAAGUCCCAAGAAUGCAACUGUCCCAACUGCGACCGGGGAGUAGCCGCUUGUAGAUUUGCGACGCACCUUGAGAAAUGCAUGGGAAUGGGUCGCAAUAGUUCCCGUAUCGCUUCUCGGCGCAUAGCAAAUAACACAAAAGACAUGAGCAACUUCAGCGGAAUCAUAAGCGAUGACGAUGACGACGCUGAUUGGAGUAUGAAUAAUGACAAGCGGAAACGGAGAAAGGACCGCAACGGUAUUAAAAAAUACAAACAACAGAAAAGCGGUCAGAAAAACGGAGACAGCGCAGAUGCUCAAUACAAUAGCAACGAAAAUUCGCCUUCUAAUUACGAGAACAUGUCUCUUGAGGACAAGAAAACUCUGCUCACUCAGAUUUGCGGAGUUAUCUCAGAACACACGAAGAAACUCUGCACCAGGUCCGUUCGCUGUCCACAACACACAGAUGACCAGAGGAAGGAAAUGCGAGCAAAUUUGGAUUCGGGUCAGGAAAACUUAACCGUGGAUGUGAUCGAGACAAAUGACGAGGAGGGUCAAAAUUCGAGAGAAAACUUUACAAGGUGGGACCAAGAGGGCUCGAGUCAUUCUAGUCCAGCAGAUUCUACGUCCACAAAUUCUACAAACUCAAGCAAGAAGAGGGAAACUAAGUCGAGAGGUAAAGGGAAAACAUCUAAACGGGAUCGCAAUUCGCCUUUUUCUCAAGGAGACUAAACAUUUUCAGAAAGCUUCUUAGUGCUACAAAGUCUACAGGACUAUGUUUCAAAUGGAAGCAAGUCAACUUCACACUACAGAAAUCGACAGUCUCUUAAAAUACUCAAAUAAUUCGCGAAAAGUAGUUUUAAACUCAAUUUAUCAUUGCUAAAAAAAUUAAAUGUUAUAUUUAAUUUUAAAUAAGCUUUGUUGUUAUUGGUGCGGACAAUAACAAAUACUUAUAAUUGACGUUUAGCAUGUAUCAUAAUUUCACAAUUCGACUUCAUUAAAGUGCGCUUCCCAUAAAUAUCGAUAUAUUACGAACUUGACUAUUAUUUUUAUUAAAAGGUAUGUACCAUACUGGCAGGUGUCCAAUUCUUGUGUUCAUAAACUUUCUCAUAAACUAAUAACUCUAAUAGAUUUUUAUAAC